UUAACCUGUGAUGUUGUUUAUAUGAUGAUCCUCCAUGACUGAAGCCGUGUUUCAAGCGCCCAAACGCCGGGCGAAGGUUUAUGAGUCGUUUGAAGCUCCUCUUCCAGUGUUAUUGAGCUCGCAGGACGAGGAUCGCAUCAUAUACAGAGCAGACAUCAUCAGUCAUCAAGUCAUAGUCACAGAUCCUGCACACACACUGACACUGUAUGAGCGGGGUUACUUUGGUAAAGGAGUGUUCUCGAGAUCCAGACCUGAGCACGUGGUCUCUCGACAAUGGAGAUACAUUGGAGACAGAUGUCUACCUGUGAUCUCCUGGUCAGAAUACCAGAAGCGUCUCAGCUGGGCACGGGCGGCUCUCGCGAUGCAGGGAUUGGAGGAUGAGUCUGUCCAUCAUGCACUGCAGAUACUCACUAAACCAGUGGAGUUUGAUGUGCAAUCUCAGGCCACACGCGUUGGCGGCUCAUUGGAUGAUGUGUCAUGUGAGACUGAUUUAAAUGUGGAUCAGACUGAUACUGCCAGGUCUCGGCGUCAAGGAAACCCGGUUUACGACCCUCUGGCCGAAGACUAUCCUGAAGAACCGGAGCGCUUAGACCAGCUCUCCAAACCCACCGUGAAGUGCGGAAGACACGACGACUGGGUCGCACACUGCGGCUGUAGAGCGGAUGAAACCCAGAGGAGUUCAGAGCCGACCGUGCCCGACACCAACCCGACAGACGCGCAGGAAUAUGUUCUGGUGGAGGUUUCUGAGGAGGAGGAUGGAAACUCUACCGAGGAUAACGUCUCAAUGGAGCAGCUGGGCAAGUGUGUGUGCAGAAUAAACCCGUUCCCCAUGAUGGAGUAUCUCCAGCUGAGUUAUGAAGAAGCUUUCUUUCUGGUUUAUGCUCUUGGAUGCUUGUCCAUUUAUUACAGCGGGGAAGCUCUGUCAGUCGCUCAGGUUUGGACGAUGUUUCGUUCGCUUCAGCCCAACUUCUCCACCUCGUACGCCGCCUAUCACUAUUUCCGCAGUAAAGGCUGGGUGCCGAAGUCUGGAGUUAAAUAUGGAACUGACUUAAUGCUCUACCGAAAAGGACCACCGUUUUAUCAUGCAAGCUACUCCGUGGUGGUGGAGAGGUCAGACGUGUGUUUCAGAGGCGCUUCUCUGAGAUCCUUCAGCUGGAGGACUCUCGCUGCUCUCAGCAGAACCACCGGGAACGUCUCGAAGGAACUGAUGCUCUGCUACGUCAUCACUCCAUCAGAUCUGACAGAAGACAUGCUGUCGUCUCCCGAGUGUCUGAAGCGGUUCACCAUACAGGAGGUGCUGGUGAGCAGAUGGGUCUCCUCAAGAGAGCGAACAGAACAGGAGGACGUUUAAACCUGCAUUCCUUUUUACAUUCCUUACAUGUUUAUUUUGCUUCAAAAUAUUAGGUUGCUAUUUUUUUUUAUUUUUUUUACAAUGUGCAGAGAUUAUUUAAACAACAUCCAGACACAAGUCAAAGAGUGUUCAGCAAUAAAUAUACCGAGAAAA